AUGAACAAUUUUAAGAAAAUUAAUGAAAAUGAAAUAAGGUUAAUAACGGACUACCAAGAAGAAAUGUAUAGAUACAAAUAUUAUAUGAAUAUAAAAAAAUAUUGUAGGAAUAUACUAGCUGAUAGAAUAAUAAAGUUAAAAAGAGAAUUGGAUGAAGAGUGUGCUGAUAAAGUAGCAUUACAUUUAAAAAAUAAAGAAGCUGACAUUGAAGGUUCAUCUACAUAUAAAAAAUUAUGUAAUACAGAAAAUGAAGAAUUUGUGGAUUAUGCAUUCAAAACUAUACAAAAAUGCAAAAAAGAUGGGAAACCAAUAAUACCUCUUCUUAAAGCAUUAGAGGUUUAA